AUGUAUAGGAGGCUUUAAUGUAAGAAUACCUAAGUUUGCUUGUCUCUGACGUUUUGGCUAUUUAUAUGACGAUAGUGCAGGUGGAGGUCAGCAAACUCUUGGAACAACUGUCAGAGAGUGUUGUGACGGCACCGAGUGUGAGCUCUUUCAAGACCAGACUGGAGUAGGUUCAGGUCUUAAACAUCUUGAGUCAUGCCUAAACGUCCUGAUCCAAGGUGGUCUCUUCCCAAAGGUGUUGAACCCCCAAGAUUGCACCUGUAUAACUCGCUCACACGUAAAAAGGAAUUGUUUUUACCUCAAGGUCAUGUCGUGACAUGGUACAGCUGUGGACCAACUGUAUAUGAUGAUUCCCAUAUGGGGCAUGCAAGGUCGUACGUCAGUUUUGAUAUUCUUCGUCGUGUCAUGCAAGACUACUUUGGCUUUGUCAUUCAUUAUGUCAUGAACAUCACAGACAUUGAUGAUAAAAUCAUCAAACGGGCCCGCACCACGUAUUUAGUGAAGCAGUAUCGUGAAUCACAGGUGCCAAGGGAUCAGGUGUAUGAUGAUAUUGCUGCUGCAAUGGAACACCACAAUGCCAUCAUUGCCACAACCACUGAUCCAGAUAAGUGUAAAAUGCUCAUCGAUGAAGUCCAGAAGGUAAAGAUUGCAGCUGAAGCUUUAAAAACAGUGACCAACUCAAGUAAUGCAGCAGAAGCCUCAGUAAAACAGGAAGAGCUCCUAGCCAGUGCUUCUAGUGUGCUGGGGGAAUGGCUAGAUAAGCAAAAAGGAAGAGACAUCACUGACAAUUCUAUCUUUGCUGAACUGCCUCGUCAUUAUGAAGAAGAAUUCAACAAAGACAUGGAAGCUCUAAAUGUACUUCCUGCAGAUGUUAUCACCAGAGUCUCAGAAUAUGUACCCCAAAUUGUUGAAUAUGUCGAAAAGAUAAUAGCCAAUGGUUAUGCUUAUGAAUCUAAUGGAUCUGUGUACUUUGACGUGGGCAAGUUUGAUGCUGAACCCAACCAUUAUUAUGCAAAAUUGGUACCAGAGGCUUAUGGCAAUCAGGAGGCCCUAGAAGAAGGAGAAGGAGCUCUUUCUUUAAAUACUGCACAAGAAAAGAGAAGUCCGAAUGAUUUUGCAUUAUGGAAGGCUUCUAAACCUGGAGAACCAGCUUGGCCCUCUCCCUGGGGUCCUGGUCGCCCUGGAUGGCAUAUUGAAUGUUCUGCCAUGGCCUCAGACGUUUUGGGAGAGUCUCUUGAUAUUCACACUGGUGGUGUUGACCUCAAGUUCCCUCACCAUGACAAUGAACUGGCCCAGGCUGAAGCUCACUACAACAAUGACUACUGGGUGCGUUACUUCCUGCACACAGGUCAUUUGCAUAUUGAUGGCUGCAAGAUGAGCAAGAGUCUCAAGAACUUUAUCACCAUCAAGAAGGCUUUACAGGAUAACUCAGCCUCUCACCUUCGCAUUGCUUUCCUCUUACAUGCCUGGAAGGACACACUUGACUAUAGCUCGAACACUAUGGAAGGAGCUCGACAAUUUAACAAGAUGGUUACCGAGUUUAACUUAAACAUUCAAGAUCUAAUUCGCCGAACUGGUUGCACAAGCAGUGAAUGGACACCUAUGGAAGUGUCUCUACAGUCAGCAUUCAACUCUGGCAGAGUUAGUGUCCAUAAAGCUCUGUGCGACAACAUCGACACAAGAACAGCACUAGAUCAUAUACGGGACCUCAUUACAGAAGCCAACAAGUACAUGAACAACAAUGUUAAGGUAAAGUAAAAUAUCUCAUAGCUGUUUACU